GUCCCCAAUGGAUGAUAUAAUCUUUAGGCAGCUGUUCGCAACCUCAAGACCGCAAGGAAGGCAGAAGUGCUUUUCACAGAAAAGAAAGUGAAAGAAAAGGCACACGCCGGUUGGGUGGGUCCGGGGUGGUGACAGUGGACCGGCGAAGCUGGGGAGAGCUGCGCUGUGCUUCUCCGGGCCCGGACACGCGAAGAACUUGAGCACCAACUUGUGGCUGUGCGAACAGAGCCCAAGCGAUCGGGAGGCCGGGAGGCCGGGAGGCCGAGGUCGGCGGGGAGCCCGGCAGCCCGACCCGCUUCCUGGCCCCCUUCCUCCGGGAGGAUGUCAAGAGACCAAGCCAGCUGGAAAAAUGAUCUUUCCAACAGACAUGUGAUAGCCUCAACCCAAACCAAAGAAGGUCUAAAGCUUGUGAUGAUAAGUGGAGAUGUUAUUUAUUUCCAGGCCGAUGUCAUUGUCAACACUGUUCCCAUGAAUCUUCAGCUUGGAGGAGGACCACUAUCUCAGUCUCUUUUGCAGAAAGCUGGUCCAAAGCUCCAGGAAGAGUUAUAUGCCACCAGGCAGGGAACAGAGGAGAAAGUGGGUAGCAUAUUCAUGACAAGUGGCUGCAAUCUGAACUGCAAAGCUGUGCUCCAUGUCGUGGCACCAGGCUGGGAUAAUGGAGCAGGGUCUUCUCAGCAGAUCAUGGCAAAUAUAAUCAAGAAAUGUUUGACAACUAUGGAAGAGUUAUCUUUUUCAUCAAUCACAUUUCCCAUGAUUGGAACAGGAAAUUUGAGUUUUCCCAAAGCUACUUUUGCUGAACUAAUCCUUUCAGAAGUGUUCAAAUUUAGUAGCAGUGCAUGGCUGAAAACCUUACAAGAAGUUCACUUUCUGAUACAUCCAGGUGAUAACGAAAUCCAUCAGGUACGGUUACCUAUCUCGUCUGGUCAUUCGGGCAAGUGAACCUAAGUGUAGUCAGAUGUCUUUGUAGAUCUAUAAAUAAUAAUGUUUUCACUUCCCUGUCCAUAAGUGUUGGUUACUGAUAGGGAGUUGUCGUAAGACUUAUAACACUGAGAACUCAUAUAAUCCUUCCCAGAUAGUUUAGCAAGAGGCAAGAUAAUUUGUA